AUGACAAAGUCAGGCAAAGCCAAGGCCGUCGUGAACGGAACCACCGUCGCGGAGACGACGGAGUGGGAGGAGGUGGAGGGGAACGUGUACUUCCCGCCCUCGGCGAUCAAGUCGGACAUCCUGGAGAAGACCUCGCACACGACGUUUUGCCCGUGGAAGGGGACUGCGGAGUACUACUCGCUCAAAGUCGGAGGUGACAAGCUCGAGAAUGCGGCGUGGUACUAUCCCACGCCCAAGGACGCGGCGAGCGAGAUCAAGGACCAUGUUGCCUUUUACAAGAGCAAGGUUACGGUCUCUGUUGAGUAG